UCAUUCUCUAUGGGCUGGUCGCAGCUCCUGUGCCUGUGUGAGCUUGCCGGGAAAUAUGUUGUUGCCACUCCUUGAGAUAAUUAUGGGAAGUCUUUUUGCUUGUCAGUCCUGCGGUUGAUCAAAUGCAGCCUACAAAACGUUUUUGACACCGUAGGGACAUGAUCGUCUGAUUCAUCAGCCGACACUGAAAAGGAAGGAACUGGAGGAAAAGUUCCCGUACCGCAAACACAAGACAACAGGCACUGAAGGAUCACUAACAGGAUUGUCUGGAAUAUCUGGAUGCUUCUAUUCCUAGAAUCCUGCCUCCAUUCUAGAAUCCUGCCUCCAUUCUAGAACCCUCCCACUCCCAUGCUGUACUGCAGGUGAACCCCAUCCAGGACCCAGAGGAUGAGACGUAUCAAGGCCCUCGUCGUCAUGGCCUUCCUGUGCAGCCUCUGCCUCAUCUUCUUGUACUCCUCACUCAACCUCCAUCUGGCCCACAGACACAGAGCUCUACUGGAAGUCUCAGCCAACCCCAGGUCCGAGAUCAGCUUUGAAACACUGUCCACCAAGCCGGUCCCAACAUACCUCAGACUGACCCUUACCAAGGACAGUACAAAAAGUGUCCCUAUUCAGGUCACUGUUACACCUACUCCUGAUCUCCACCAAGCUGCUGUCUUUGCCGCCCUCAAGAAGGCUAUACCUCAGAACACAGCCUAUUGGAACCGUGUUUUUUACUCUGGCAUCAGACGACUGGACAGGGGGGGGAACUCAACAAGACCGGAGGCACUGGACUGGUCCCAUUGCCGACACGACUCCGAGCAGCUGCGGACAAACAUUCAUGACUUUACUUCCUAUCCAGAACUCCACCAGGACUUCCUGCUUGGGAUGGAGUGUAGAAACCCUCCUAUCCUGAUUGACCAACCAGAGAAGUGCACCUCGGAAGACGGAGAAACCUUCCUCCUCUUCGCCAUCAAGUCGACCCCGAGGAACUUUGAGCAGAGACAGGCGGUACGGGAGACGUGGGGGCGAGAAGCGCUUUAUGGAGGAGGGGUCAGAGUUCGUAUAGUGUUUCUGCUGGGAUCCUCGUCAUUGGACGAGCCCGACCUGAGCCAGCUACUGGUGCUUGAGGCACAUCACCACGGCGACCUCCUCCAAUGGGACUUCCACGACUCGUUCUUCAACCUCACGCUAAAGGAGCAGGUGUUCUACAGGUGGGUCCUGAGCCGCUGUCCUAAAGUCUCCUUUGUCUUUAAAGGGGACGACGACGUCUUCGCCAACACUGAGGCCAUACUGGGCUACCUGCAGUCCCUGGAGCCUAACAAGAACUCAACGCUCUACCUGGGCCAGAUCAUCUCCACUGCUAGUCCCCUCCGCGACUCUAAGAGCAAGUACUACAUCCCCCCGACCUUCUACGACGGCCCUUACCCUGCGUACGCCGGGGGAGGAGGUUACCUCUUCUCGGGGUCGUUGAUCAGACCGCUUUACGGCGUCUCCAAGUUCCUCCCUUUCUACCCCAUUGACGAUGUCUACUCUGGGAUGUGCUUCAACGCACUGGGAAUACUUCCAGAGGCACACGAUGGCUUCCAGACGUUUGACAUUCGCGAGCAGGACCGGGAGAACCCGUGCGUCCAUAAGGAACUGCUGCUGGUGCACCGGCGGAGCCCGCAGCAGAUCAUUAGACUGUGGCGGAGCAUACACAACCCCGUGCUCAUAUGUUGACCCCCCUCACUGAGCCUCGGUGGUAGAUGUUGACCCCCUCCAUAUGUUGAGGGCUAGGGUCUCACUGAGCCUCGGUGAUAGAUGUUGAUCCCCACCCCACCCCACCCCAUAUGUUGAGGGCUAGGGUCUCACUGAGCCUCGGUGGUAGAUGUUGACCCCUCACCACUGACACAGGAUCAGAUAUUAAAUAACCAAUUUCCUCAAUUCAUAUGCUUAACUAUGGUAGCGCUCAAUAAAUUCCCAAGUUUUCCAGAAAUCCUGGUUGGAGGGUCCCUGGAUUGCCUGCAUAUUCCUUCCUGAUUGCGGGAAUCUGCCAACCGGGAUUUGGGAAAACCCCACAAGCCCUGUUCAUAUGCUGAAUGGCCUGAUUGAGACAUAUCUGUCCACCCCCUAAUGGUUAAGAUCUGAUCUGAGGGCCACCUCUUUCCACCCCCUAAUGGUUAAGAUCUGAUCUGAGGGCCACCUCUUUCCACCCCCUAAUGGUUAAGAUCUGAUCUGAGGGCCACCUCUUUCCACCCCCUAAUGGUUAAGAUCUGAUCUGGAGGGCCACCUCUUUCCACCCCCCUAAUGGUUAAGAUCUGAUCUGAGGGCCACCUCUACCUUUUUAGUUUCACUCACUCAGGGAUGGUUUCCAGUUUCCACGACGACGGUGUCAAAAAAAUCCAGUAACUUUCCCAGAAAUCCUGGUUGGAGGACUCCUCUUUAUUCACUCCUUGUUUUUAGGAAGUGUGUUUUUUUUUCUUCUUGAAAGCCAGGUGAUUUUUGCAACCCGAGGCACGACACUGUCCGAUCAACGAUGUACUGGAACUGUUUCUACUGGAUUACCAGUUAAAGGUUUAUAUGUCAAUAUGUUGGGCAAUGCUUCAGGUGUUUUUUUUUGUAUUUUUAAACUGAACUCACAAGAUUAAAAGGUUUUACAUUUUAAGUACCAGUUGACCUCUUAUUGGUGAGUUUUGUGUCUGCAUACUGUUCUAGAUCGUUUAUCCCCACCCCAACUCAAGUCCUCGAGUAACUUCACCAGCACACCUGAUUCAACUAAUCAUCAAGCCCUCAAUUGGGGAGUUCGUCUGGGACGUCAACAUAAAUAUGCUGUUGGGGGGGGACACUGUUCUAAAUUGAUUCCAGGAUGUUUUACUGCCUGAGGUCAAAAUGUUGCAAAUUAUUAAAAUGUUUUAUUUUUUUGAGUGGGGAGGUGGAUAAAAUUACGUAAAGAUGUAGUUCUAGGUAACAGAUCGUUUUGAUAUUCUCCUCGGGGGACUAAGGACUGUACUUUUCAUUGUGCAGAAAAUGUAAUAAAAUACUGUGAAACUCA